CUGAAAACCAAGUGAGGAGAUGGUGCCUGAGAAGAUGAGGGGUUGGGCGGAGGAAAGAAAGUAGCCACGUUGUCUGCUCCUGGUCACUAUCCAGUGUCCCUGCUGGAAACAGAGGGUGUGUGACAAUCAAGUGAGGAAAAGAAAAGACUUGCAUCUGAUUCCCCCACACAGAAGGAUUGCACCGUACUACACCAGAGAAUACAGAGAGAAUAGACACCACAGAUAGAUUUUGACCAUCACCAAAGGAACAACUGCACAACUGUGGAAGACAAUCCCUUCGCAGCAUUGCUCAACACAGAAGGUUGGGCAGUGAACCAUCAUCUGGAAAUCGGUCAGGUCAAGAGAGCUUUGACAUAUCAUCAGAUCUGAAACUGGUCAGUGGUGUGGAGCCUUCCAUCAGAACCAACCUUUCCAAAGGUUUGGCUGUGGGCGAUCGGUCAGGGUGAGGCUGGAAAGAAGUGUGAGUGGCUCUAAGUGUGGUGAGAGCUUCAAUCUUUCAUCGAGCCUCAUGAACCACUGACUCAUUUGCACAGGUGUGAGGUUGUUGAAUUGUGAGGUGUGUGAGGAGGCCUCCACAGGCUCGUAAGGUCCCCUAACACAGAAGGUGCAUCUGUUGUCCCAUCAGUAACUCAAGGGCUGCUACAUGGAAGAGAAACCAUUCAAAUGUGAGGUGUGUUAUCAAGUCUUCGCACAUCCAUCGAAACUAGAAAAUCACCAACGGAGCCACACUGGGGAGAAGCCAUUCGAAUGUGAGCUGUGUAACAAGGGCUUUGCACAUUUAUCAGGCCUGGUGAAUCACCGACGCAUUCACACCGGGGAGAAACCAUACACAUGUGAGGUGUGCGACAAAUCAUUCUCAACAUCAUCGGACCUCCGCAAACACCAACGCAUUCACACAGGUGAGAAACCAUUCACGUGUGAAGUGUGUGAAAAAUCAUUCUCAUCAUCAUCAGGUCUCCGCAAACACCAGCGCUUUCACACAGGUGAGAAACCAUUCACGUGUGAGGUGUGUGACAAAUCAUUCUCAACAUCAUCGGAUCUUCACAAACACGAACGCAUUCACACAGGCAAGAAACCAUUCACAUGUGAGGUGUGUGAAAAAUCAUUCUCAUUGUCAGGGAACCUCCGCCAACACUGGCGCAUUCACACAGGGGAGAAACCAUUCAAGUGUGAGGUGUGUGACAAAUCAUUCUCACAGUCAGGGAACCUCCGCACACACGAACGCACUCAUACAGGAGAGAAACCAUUCAGGUGUGAGGUGUGUGACCAAUCUUUCUCAUGGUCAUCGGAUCUCCGGAUGCAUCAGACAGUUCACACAGGGGAAAAACCAUUCACAUGUGAGGUGUGCAACAAACUAUUCUUGACGUCCUCUAGUCUCCUGCUCCAUCAGAGGAGCCACACAGGGGAGAAACCCUUCAGGUGCAAGAUGUGUGACAAAUCAUUCUCGCAGGCAGGGAACCUUCGCACACACGAACGCACCCACACAGGGAAGAAACCAUUCAGAUGUAAGGUGUGCGACAAAUCAUUCUCACAGUCAGGGAACCUCCACAUACAUGAACACACCCAUACAGGGGAGAAGCCAUUCAUUUGCGAGUUGUGUGACAAAUCAUUCUCAGUGUCAUCAAGGCUCCUGCUCCAUCAGAGGAGCCACAGCGUGGAGUAACCCUUCAAGUGUGAGGUUUGCGAUAAAGAUUUUGUGACAUCUUUGACCCUCCUGGGACACCAGAGGAUUCAUCUAGGAGAAACAAUUCAGGUGAGGUAUUCGUGACAAGGCUUUCAUCCACUCCUCCCAUCUCCUGAAGAACCAGUGGAUCCACACUGGUGAGGAACCAUUUAGGUGUGAGGUGUGUGACAAGGCUUUCACACAGUCAGUGUGUCUCCUGGUCCAUCAACGCACUCACACAUGGAAGGAACCCUAUUGGUGUGAAUUCUGUAAUAAAGCCUUAAUACAGUUGUCAGACCUCCUGGAACAUCAGUGAACCCACACGGGGAGUACCUAAACCAAGUUCUUGACCAAUUUGUUGUUACAGUGUGACUCUUUUCACAAGCUCACUGCAAAGGAUGUUCAGUGAUAUUGGGGCGCAGAACAAGAAGCAGCUUCAAACAACUAGUGACAACAACACCAGUGUUGAGGUACAAUGAUGUCAAUGAUGAAGUCACCCUGCAAUGAGAUGGCAGUGAAACAGGACUUGGAGCAACCCUCAUGCAACAAGGACAACCAGUUGUGUUUGUAUCCAGAACGUUAACACAAACUGAACAACGCUAUACACAGAUUGAGAAAGAGAGCCUGGCUAUUGUCUUUGCUUGUGAGCAUUUCAACCAGUACCUGUUUGGGAGAGAGAAAGUGAUAGUAGAGUCUGACCACAAUCCACUUCAAAGCAUCAAACUGCUUCUCUCUGCUCCAAAGCGUUUACAAAGGAUGUUACCUCAUUUGCAGAGAUAUGUGUAAGUGAAGUACUAGCAAGGGAAGCAGAUGGACAUCAUCAACAUGAUGUCGAGAACUGCACCUUCCUUGAGGAAUGUUAAUGAUGCUAGUACAGAGUGUGAAAUCUCAACCAGAAGCAACAGAACAACAUGCUUUGGAAGUCUUCAACCUAGCAGAGACACUGAAUCUGACAGACUUGCUCAGAUCAAGCUACCUACACAAUGAGAUACAGCUCUUCAAAUGUUACAGGAAAUUGUGAUGAAAGGAUGGCCUGAAACCAUCAGACACACACCUGUUGCUGUAGGAGAGUAUUGGACAGACAGAGAUGAAGUGAUCUCCCAAGAUGGCAUCUUUACAAAGGGACUCAGGUCAUUAUCCCUAAAGAGAUGAGAAAAGAGAUGCUGAAGCUCAUCAACACAAACCAUCAAGGAAUCGAGUCCAGUCUGAAGAAGAAAAGAGAAGUUCUCUACUGGCCAAACAUGAGCAAUGAAGUUAAGGACCACAUCAGCCAGUGCAGUGUUUAUAAUGAACAUCAAGCUAAGCAAGAUAAAGAGCUGCUCAUGACUCAUGACUUCCAGACAGACCAUGGAUGAAGCUUGGAGUAGACCUCUUCACUCUCACUGGAAUUGAUUAUCCUGUCACAGUCGACUGCUAUUCAGACUACUGGGAGUUAGACCAGCUGACGUCAACAACUACCAGUGAGAUUGUAGAAUGCCUGAAAGGACAUUUCAGUCAUCAUGGCAUUCCUGACAUUGUCAUGAGUGACAAUGACCCUCAAUUCAUGAGUGAAGAUUUCAGACACUUGAUGAAUGAUUGGGAAAUUCAACACUACACAUCAUCUCCACACUAUCCCCAGUCAAAUAGAAAGGCUGAGGCAAUGGUGAAAAUUGCCAAAGGGAUCAUCAAAAAAUCGACUAAAUCCAGCACAGAUGUGUACAAGGCAAUCUUAGAGUGGAGAAACACACCUACUGAAGGCAUGGAAAGUUGUCCAGUCCAGUGACUAAUGUCACGCUGCACCCAGAUUACUCUUCCAACAGCUAAAAAAACUACUGAGGCUAGAAGUAGUAACAGGGAGUGUGUGACAAGAUCAAAGUGAAACAACAGAAAGACAAAUUUCACUUUGAUAAAGCUGCCACAUCGUUGCCAGAGCUGAGAGUUGGAGAGCCGCAGAGUUAAAACAUUCAACACACUCAACAGAAGUCAGCUCACUUGGCAACUUGGGUCCUGUGUAGAGAAGUUAUCACCUCGAUCAUACAUCUAUGUGCAACCGGAGAAGCUGCUCCUUCACAGCAGACAACUGACGAGGCAGAUCCGAUUUCACCAACUGAGCAAGAAACUGAAUGACCAUCAGUCCCAGAGGUCAACUGUUCCCCAACAAAUGCAGCGGAUCAGCAGCAACAAUUACCACAGCAACAACACUCACCACGGCAACAACAUCCCCCAGAGAGACAACAUUGCCUCAGGAACCAGCAGACACUGGAUGAACAGCCAACAACAACUCUCUCACUUACCAUAAGAAGAGUUGAACAUUUUAAAGAUUGUGUGUGUGCAAUGUGUGUUCAGAGAGAUACAAAAUUGGAACGAUCCUUAGACAGCAUCUUCCAAACCCAUGACCACUACCAUCUAGAAGGACAAGGGCAGCAGAUACAUGGGAACAUCACCACCUGGAAGUUCCCCACCAAGCCACUCACCAUCCUGACUUGGA